AUGGGCAAAAUAGAAGCGAAAAGCAAGGAGGAAAAAUUAAGGCAACAAAAGGAAGCCGAAGCUAAAAGAAGAGCUUAUAGAGAUUCGAAAAAGGAACUUAGACAGAUGCAAAAAGAAGUCAAGUUUGACAGUGACGAUAAUCCUGAGUUACCUAAAAAAAGAUUCUAUAGACAAAGAGCACAUUCUAAUCCAUUCUCGGAUCAUAGAUUAGAGUAUCCAAGAUCCCCAGAAACUAUGGACUGGAGUAAGCUCUAUCCACAUUAUUUUGAUCUGGAAACUAAGAAAAUGACAUCUGAAGUUGAAAUAGCUGAUAUUGGUUGUGGAUAUGGUGGAUUGUUGAUCAACUUAGCUCCCGAAUUUCCUGAUAAAUUAUUAUUAGGAAUGGAGAUUAGAGUCCAAGUGACUCAAUAUGUUGAAGACAGAAUAAUUGCAUUAAGAAACCAACAUAAGAAUGAAGUACAAAACAACUAUCAGAAUAUUUCUGUAUUGAGAGGCAAUGCCAUGAAAUUUUUGCCAAACUUUUUUCACAAAGCACAGUUGUCUAAAAUGUUCUUCUGUUUCCCAGAUCCUCACUUCAAACAACGUAAACAUAAGGCAAGAAUUAUCACGAACACUCUCUUAUCAGAGUAUGCUUAUGUAUUGAAAGAAGGUGGUAUUAUUUACACUAUCACUGAUGUUGAGGAUUUGCAUAACUGGAUGGUAAAACACUUAGAGGAGCAUCCAAUGUUUGAGAGAUUGAGCAAAGAAUGGGAAAAACAGGAUAAGUGUGUUUCAAUUAUGUGGAACUCGACUGAAGAAGGUAAAAAAGUCACCCGUAAUAAAGGAAGUAAAUGGGUAGCCUGCUUUAAAAGAUUACCAACUCCUGAUGAUUGUGAGUAG